AUGGUGUCGAAGCCGCUGCUGCAGCACUCGCCGCUGCUGCUGGUGCAGCAGCAGCAGCAGCAGCAGCAGCAGCAACUGCUGCUGCUGCUGCUGCUGCCUCAGUUGGCCCGCCCCUCUGUGACCAAGUCUUUCCGCGUUCUGCUGCAGCAGCAGCAGCAGCAACAGCAACAACAGCAGCAGCAGCAACAGCAGCAGCAGCAGCAGCAGCAGCAGCAGCAGCACGGUGACGAUGCAGCAGCACCACCACCAGCAGCAGCAGCAGCAGCAGACACUGCUGCUGCUGCUGCUGCAUCUGAUGAGGGGCCAAAAGGACCUGUAGAUACACUGGAGUCUAUCCCUGAGCUGCAAGGAAGAGAAGACGAAAAGAUAGAAACACACGAAUACCAGGCGGAGGUCACCAGGUUAAUGGAUAUAAUAAUAAACUCAUUAUACACUCAAAGAGAUGUAUUUUUAAGAGAGCUCAUAUCCAACGCUGUAGAUGCCCUAGAGAAAGCUAGGUUUCUCUCUCUCACCAGCGAAACAAACACCAGCAGCAGCAGCAGCAGCAGCAGCAGCAGCAGCAGCAGCAAGGGAGCUGAGCUGGCGGUGUAUAUAGAAGCAGACCCGCAGAAGAAGAUGCUGUCUAUAUGUGAUACGGGUGUUGGAAUGAGUAAGCAAGAACUCAUAACAAACCUAGGUACAGUGGCCAACGGUGACGAUGCAGCAGCACCAGCAGCAGCAGCAGCAGCAGACUCUGCUGCUGCUGCUGCUGCUGCUGCUGCUGCUGCAGCUGGUGAUGAUGAGGGGCCAAAAGGACCUGUAGAUACACUGGAGUCUAUCCCUGAGCUGCAAGGAAGAGAAGACGAAAAGAUAGAAACACACGAAUACCAGGCGGAGGUCACCAGGUUAAUGGAUAUAAUAAUAAACUCAUUAUACACUCAAAGAGAUGUAUUUUUGAGGGAGUUAAUAUCUAAUGCUGUAGAUGCCCUAGAGAAAGCUAGGUUUCUCUCUCUCACCAGCGAAACAAACAGCAGCAGCAGCAGCAGCAGCAGCAGCAGCAAGGCAGCUGAGCUGGCUGUGUAUAUAGAAGCAGACCCGCAGAAGAAGAUGCUCUCUAUAUGUGAUACGGGUGUAGGUAUGAGUAAACAAGAACUCAUAACAAACCUAGGUACUGUAGCCAAGUCAGGCACAAAUAAUUUUUUAGAGUCCGUGCUAGCCAACAGCAGCAGCAGCAAGGACAGCAGCAGCAGCAGCAGCAGCAGCAGCAGCAGCGGUGGUGGUGAUGUUUCUCUCGUGGGCCAGUUUGGUGUUGGUUUUUAUUCUGCUUUUCUUGUUGCUGAUAGAGUUCGUGUUAUAUCGAGAGCAGCAGGAGAAGAACAAUAUAUAUGGGAGUCAACAGCAGAUGCUAAAUAUUAUAUAAAUAAAGACCCAAGAGGAAAGACAAUGAAUAGAGGAGAAGAAGAAGACGAAGACGGUGGAAAGAGAGGUGUAUAG